AAAACAAAAUGGCGACUGACGGUACCGAAGGUGCAUACUUUUUGGAACAGGCGAGUAUUGUUGAUGAUUCUGGUGAUGAAUUCCAGUAUGAAGAGGUGCCUAUUGAUGAUGACAUUGCAUCUGAACCUGAUGAUGAUUUGGAUGCUGCAGUCAGAACCAUACAAGAAGCAGCACAAGAUUUAGCAGCUUCUUCUAAAGAAGAUAAAAUACCUGGUGCCUCUGUUGUACAAAGACCAGAAGUUGUUGAUGACUUUGUCAGAAAUUUUCUUGUCAAGAUGGGAAUGAGUAAGACUCUUGACUGCUUUCAGACUGAAUGGUAUGAACUACAACAGAAAUCUCUGUUAAAUGAAGAGGAUGUACGUACAGUACCUGAUAUCUACAGUAGGAAUCAACAUUUGGAUAAUCAGAUCAAAGCAUUGAGGAGAGAAGUAGAUAAGUACAAGAAUGCUGCUACUAAAGCUAAGGAGACUUAUGUAAAGUUGAGGAAGGAAAGAGACUUCCAUCGCAUGCACCAUAAGAGGGUUGUACAAGAGAAGAACAAAUUGAUUAGUGAUAUUAAACG